AUGGCUAGGGCUAGCGUUUAUCCCACUUUAUACUAUGUGCUCUUGAUUUCUUCCAUUCUAUUAUUUUCACACUUCAAUGCCUCUGAAGCUCAAGUCAAGCCCCCAGUAGUGGAUGGACUAUCAUUUUCUUUCUAUUCCAAAACAUGUCCCAAGCUUGAAACCAUUGUCAGAAACCAUCUCAAGAAGGUUUUCAAGCAGGACAAUGGCCAAGCUCCAAGCUUGCUCGUGAUUUUCUUCCACGAUUGCUUUGUUCAGGGAUGUGAUGGGUCGUUGCUGCUAGAUGGUAGUCCAGGAGAAAGGAAUCAACCACUGAACCGAGGCAUAAGCACAAAGGCCUUGCAAACCAUUGAUGAACUGAGGAAUCUUGUUCACAAGGAGUGUGGAAGAAUAGUCUCAUGUGCCGAUAUCACUGUCUUGGCAGCUCGUGAUGCUGUUUUCCUUUCAGGAGGCCCUGAUUAUAGUGUGCCACUGGGAAGACGAGAUAGUCUAAACUUCAGCAUUGAAGGAACAAAUAAUCUUCCAUUACCAUAUAACACCACCAAUGUGACCCUUAAGACAUUUGCAACCAAACACUUUGAUGUCACAGAUGUGGUUGCUUUAGCAGGUGCCCACACGUUUGGUCGUGCUCACUGUCACACAUUCUUCAAUAGGCUUUCUCCUCUGGACCCAAGCAUGGACAUGACCUUAGCUAAAAUCCUUAAAACAACUUGCCCAAGUACAUACACCCGUAAUGCUGUCAACUUGGACAUUAGAACUCCCACAGUGUUCGAUAACAAGUACUACAUUAACCUAAUGAAUCGCCAGGGUUUGUUCACCUCUGACCAGGAUUUGUUCACAGAUAAGAGGACAAAGGGAUUAGUGAAUGCUUUUGCCCUCAAUCAAACCUUAUUUUUUGAGAAAUUUGUGGAUGCUGUGAUAAGGAUGAGCCAAUUGGAUGUCUUGACUGGGAAUCAAGGUGAAAUUCGUGCCAAAUGCAAUGUGAUAAACAAUAAGAUUUCUAAGUUGACAUUUGUUAUGGAAGAUGUGGAACAUGUACUCAAUUAA